CGAGCCGGAGCCAGAGCUGGAGUCUGAGCCGGUGGUUUCAGUGGAAGCGGUGAUGUCGGUGCAGGUCGUGUCAGCAGCGGCUGCCGCCAAGGUGCCUGACGUGGAGCUGAAGGACCUGAGCCCUUCCGAGGCGGAGCCGCAGCUGGGACUGAGCACGGCGGCUGUGGGCGCCAUGGCCCCCCCGGCGGGCGGCGGGGACCCCGAGGCUCCAGCUCCGGUCGCCGAGCGGCCCCCGGCCCCCGGCCCGGGCUCGGGCCCCGCCGCGGCUCUCAGCCCUGCCGCCGGCAAGGUGCCGCAGGCGUCGGCCAUGAAGCGGAGCGACCCACAUCACCAGCACCAGCGGCACCGCGACGGCGGCGAGGCCCUUGUCAGCCCCGACGGCACCGUCACCGAGGCGCCGCGCACAGUGAAGAAGAUCCAGUUUGCUGACCAAAAGCAAGAAUUUAACAAACGUCCCACCAAAAUUGGACGUCGUUCUCUGUCUCGAUCCAUUUCUCAGUCAUCCACUGACAGCUACAGCUCAGCGGCUUCAUAUACAGAUAGCUCUGAUGAUGAGACAUCUCCCAGAGACAAGCAGCAGAAGAACUCGAAGGGAAGCAGUGACUUCUGCGUCAAGAACAUCAAGCAGGCGGAGUUUGGACGAAGAGAAAUUGAAAUUGCUGAACAAGAAAUGCCUGCACUGAUGGCUUUGAGGAAGAGAGCUCAAGGAGAAAAGCCUUUGGCUGGAGCCAAAAUUGUGGGUUGUACACACAUCACUGCUCAGACCGCUGUGCUUAUGGAAACUCUGGGUGCUCUGGGGGCACAGUGCCGAUGGGCUGCCUGCAAUAUCUACUCCACUCUCAAUGAAGUAGCUGCUGCUCUAGCAGAAAGUGGAUUUCCUGUCUUUGCCUGGAAAGGAGAGUCAGAAGACGAUUUUUGGUGGUGCAUUGAUCGAUGUGUGAAUGUGGAAGGCUGGCAGCCAAACAUGAUCUUGGAUGAUGGAGGGGAUCUUACUCACUGGAUUUAUAAAAAGUAUCCUAACAUGUUUAAGAAAAUCAAAGGCAUAGUGGAAGAGAGUGUUACUGGAGUCCAUAGGCUGUACCAACUGUCCAAAGCUGGGAAGCUCUGUGUUCCCGCCAUGAAUGUCAAUGACUCAGUCACCAAACAGAAAUUUGACAACCUCUACUGUUGCCGUGAAUCAAUUCUUGAUGGACUUAAAAGGACAACAGACAUGAUGUUUGGUGGAAAGCAAGUGGUGGUCUGUGGCUAUGGAGAGGUGGGGAAGGGAUGCUGUGCUGCUCUGAAAGCCAUGGGAUCCAUUGUAUAUGUAACUGAAAUUGACCCCAUCUGUGCCCUGCAAGCGUGCAUGGAUGGAUUUCGACUGGUGAAAUUAAAUGAGGUCAUCCGACAAGUGGACAUUGUUAUUACCUGUACAGCAUGGGACUUGCCAUGGCUCAUGAUGUUCUUACUAUAUGUGUUCCAGGCAAGUCUGCGAACACCAGAACUGACCUGGGAGCGAGUGAGAUCCCAAGUUGACCAUGUGAUAUGGCCUGAUGGCAAAAGAAUAAUCCUACUGGCCGAGGGUCGUUUGUUGAACCUAAGCUGCUCCACAGUGCCUACAUUUGUGCUCUCAAUCACUGCAACUACUCAGGCUCUUGCCUUGAUAGAGCUUUACAAUGCUCCCGAGGGUCGGUAUAAGCAGGAUGUCUACCUGUUACCCAAGAAAAUGGAUGAGUACGUGGCAAGUCUACACCUGCCCACCUUUGAUGCCCACCUGACAGAGCUGACAGAUGAACAGGCCAAGUAUCUGGGACUCAACAAGAAUGGGCCCUUCAAGCCUAAUUAUUACAGGUAUUAAGUUCCUGUAACUCAAGCCAGAGGAAUAGAGUUCCGAGCCUUUUCUCCAUUACUAUCCAAGAAAGAACCUAGCCAGCUGCUUCUCUGAUCAGAGCUGUCUGCCGUGCUCACCCUGUGUGUUAGGUUAUUUAUUUAUUAAAAUCUAGAUUCCUGUGCCUGUAGCCUUGGCCCAGAGUGUGGUUACUACUCCAAGGGCCAUGAGAGCCACAGAGGACAGACUGAGGAAGGAAAAAAAUGGGGUAACCUUUCCUAUGAGGUCAUUCAUUUCACCCCCUAUUGAAUCCUCAGCAGUGGCCAUUUUUCUCUUGUACAGGCUCAGGAGCUUUCACACUCUUCCUUCUCUGGGGUUUUCUGGAAUAAGUUUUCAGCAGCUGCCUUUCUCAGCUUUUUCCCUUCCCCAGACAAGGCCUUUAGGAAGCCACCAAGUUAAUAUGACAUAGUUUCCCAGACUUGACCGUUACUAUCACUGCCUUCUUUAUUUAAAAAAAAAAAAAAAAAAAAAGCUGUAAGGAAGGAGUAUUAAGGCCUUG